GUGAUAGGGAUCAACCAAUGCCAAGAGGGGUGUUUGUGGGCAGUUUGUCUUGCUCUGUAUAACCCUUAUGCGCUUGUCGGCGCUGAAAGGAUUGAAAAAUCCGAAAUUGUACAGCAGAUAAGGUAAUAUACUGAAGAACGUGUGCUCUUCACGUUGGGACUGUUGUCCACACUUAGAGACGGACCGGCCAGUACCUCUUAGUACUGUUCAAGGUACACGUCCGCGGUACAUUGUCACAAAGCACGUUAAUUUGUUCAGGCUACUGUAAACAUGGGCGAAGGUCCAGCUGAGCUGUCUGCAUGAUUAACCUGCAGUUGAACGCACUGUAUGUACACGUAAAUGCCACCCUGGAUUUAAUUGUAGUUAUUAUACAUGGCAAUGGAGACAUGACUCCCAGCUUGACUCAGUGCGCAGGCUGCACGUCCAUUUAGUACUAGCUAGUUACAAGCCACGGAUGAAGCACAGUAAUAUGGGCCUGGCUAGAAGUCAUGCUACAUCCAGUCAGUCUGGAGUCCGGACUGCUGCAACAUCAUUGCUACUCAUCUUUUGGAUUCUGGUGGCAGCCUACUACCUCAACAACCCCACACCAGAUGGCAUCCGAGACCCCUGGAAAUACAAGGGCUUUGUCGCUGCAAAACGAAUUGCGAUCGAUGCGGCGUACGUUCUCUCUCUCUUUACAUCUUCGCAUUAUGUUCAACUUUUUCGCUCCUUCGUCGAGAGCGCAGCUUUCGUGGUGGCUUCUCCUCCGGAAGUGCGGGGUUCCAACAUCCGGUACACGUUAACAACCUUUGAGGGGGUCAAAGUUCGCCUCUAUGAACCAAUCAAAAGGAGGGCUGACUUUGGACCGGCAGUGGUAUUUAUACAUGGUGGCGCUUUUGUCAUUGGAAGUACUGCAAUGUUUGACUUUCUGACAAGGCGUUUUGCGGAAGAGCUGGACUGUGUUUUGGUAUCUAUUGAAUACAGACUAGCUCCAGAGCAUCCCUUCCCAGCUGCAUACGAGGAUUGCCUGAACGCCACCAAAUGGUUCAUGGACCAUGCCCAGGAGUUCAACGUUGACUCUUCGCGAAUCGGCAUAGCCGGGGACAGCGCUGGCGGUGCCCUGGCUGCUGCCGUGGCUCAGAUCCUUCACGACGAGCCGGGCUAUCCCGACGUGGCCUUUCAGGCUCUCAUCUAUCCAAUCACACAGUUCAUCGACAAUCACACACCAGCAACUUUCCUCUCCAUCUCGCUCUUCGGCGAGGAGGGGUCGAUGGUAACCUGGCAGGAGGCGGGCGAGUUUACCUGUUUCUACCUGCUAGGGAGGUUGGAUGAGCGCGUGGUACGAGCACUUGUCGAUAACACCCAUACAUCCGUGGAGUUCCGCAGGGAGUCUCCCUUGGCGCAGUUCGUCAACCACACCAUGCUGCCUCUGCACAUGCAAGACUACGGCCAUCUCACCCCACCCCAUCUCCAGGAGCAGAGAGGAGACGACUACGUCUGGGAUCAGAUCGAUGACAUAGUCCUGGACCCGCGAGCCAGCCCGUUGCUGCGGCGAGAGAUGGCCGGCCUGCCACCAACAUUCGUGGUUACCUGCGAGUUCGAUGCACUGAGAGACCACGGCGCAUUCUACGCGAUCAGACUCCAAGAGGCCGGAGUACCAGUGAGGUGGGAGCAUUACCAAGGCGGGUUCCACGGCGUGCUUGGACCGACCUGGCCGCUGGUGUUUGAGGUAGGGGAAAAUAUGUUCCGGGAUUUGAUUUUGUAUGCCAAGGAACAUCUUGCGAUUGAAGCAAACUGAUGCAAGAGAUCAAUGACCACUCCACAAUUUGUUAGACGUUUUAAAUUUAGUAACAAAGAGGUUUCUAAAGUUCUUUUACGAAAGAUAUUUUGUAGAAUGGAAUACAGUCUCCGUAUGUGUCCACUACUGAUUCUUGCCAGUGGGCGUCCAGUAGGGGAGACGAUAUGUUUUCUGUAAAUAUCUGUGCAAUCUGACUGACUGAUGUUUGAAACAUGUGUGCCGUUAUAUGCACUUAUAUGACAUUUAACUUUGUUCAAAUUGUAAAAGGACUGUUUUUGCUUUUUUUACUUGAUCUUUUAAUGUGCCUUUGUUAAAUUUCAAUCAUUUUUAGUCAUAAAAAUUACAUUUAUUUUUCAUGCUUGAAUUUUUAUGUACUUAAUUGUAGGAGAUGUUCACCAUAGGAGGAAUUCAACAUAAAUGAAAUCACGUUUAAAUAACCUCUAACUGAACUUUAAACAUUUUAAUUUCCUGAAUAACUAUCCAGGAAAUCAAAUUGGUUAAGAGAUAAACAAGUUUUUAGACACAUUCUGUGUAAUAAUUUCAUUUUUAAUGUACAAAGCUACAUUAUUUCUACAAUUUUUCAUAAGAACGGAUAGAAAGUUUAAAGUGGAAUAUAUACAAAACUGUUUUAAAUUAGCAGUAUUUAAAGAAAGGAAUUACUUAUUUACUGAAAUUUUACUGGAAAUAUUUUGGAAAGGUUUCCUGAAUGUUAAUACAGGAUAAGAAAAUGAAGACCACAUGAACUACAAAUAAACACAGAGGAUAUUUCACAAGCCCCGUGUUCUAUCUACUGUAUGGAAAUAUUGAAUAACUAGGUGCCCUGGAAUGCUUCAACUGUCUUCUAGGAGGAGGUCUUGAAGAAAUUCUGCAAA